UAUCUUUUGUCAAAGAUGCAUGAAUUUCAGAUUGAAUGGUUAACAUGCUUAUUUAAUUUUUUUAUUCUCAAGACAUAACACUUAUUUUGGACGGCAGGGCCUCUCUUGGUAUUCUUCACUCAUGUUGGUUUACCUUAUCUCCAAUACAUUCAUUGUAACUGUCAUAUCAGGCGAUUUUAAUGUUAGAGAGGUCAGUUUAACUGUUGACCUGGGUGCACCGCUGACCGGACACUGCACUGUGCAGUGAGUGGGUCACCUGAGGACCUGACUGAUUCACCUGUAGGGUCAGACAGCCAGCGACAAGCGCAUCCCAUUGUCAACAGACACCCAGAACAGGGGCCCGGCCUUUGUGAUCCCCAUCAGGGAUAAUGACUAUUUGAGAGGGGAAUUCACAACAGCGCUAGAAUUCCUCACGCUAAAUGACAUAGCUGCUCCCUGUCAGAUGACAACAGGAGGGGUCAGAUGCAUCAAGUGCAACAAAAGGCAUGUCAACAGCAGUGCAUGUUUGGUAGUGGACGGAACAAUCGCCAUCCCUCACAGAUCUUUCUUUCUCGGCAGGGUGACCAAGAUUGAUGCUGUAUUGGUUUUUAUUGGCUCUUGUCUUGGAAAUGCAAACAAUUUUCUCUGUGUGCACAAAUACAAUACAGAUUUAGAGUGGAUUUGUGAAGCAUGUAAAUUUGCUGCAUUUUGGUUGCUCUAAAAAGCAUAUGCACAAUGCACAGUUCCUGUUUAGCAGCAUAUGAUGAAAGACCAUGAUUUUAUUUGAGUUUGGAUUAGGUUUCUCAAUUAUUUAGUUGUGAUUUCCCAGCAGUGUCAACAUGACCAAGUUUAAUUUGCUGAGUUACCUUAGCAACAGAGAAAGAGGAAGGGUCAAGUUCAAACUCCAAAAGUCAGCAACCUUGGAAUAUCUGGAAGAAAAGGGAUCCAAACCCAUCAUCAACCAGCCGUGUGAACUGUCUGGGAAAUGUCGUGCCACUUUCCUUAUGGACUUCAGCCCUGAUGGGACCAAGGUGGCUUCCACUCAUGGAGACCACACAGUGAGGGUGUCUGAUGUGGCGACGGGGAAAUGUCUCCACAUCUUGAGGGGCCACCCUCGCACCCCAUGGUGCAUCGCCUUCCAUCCCACAUCCAAUCAGAUCCUGGCCUCAGGCUGUCUUGGAGGGGAGGUCCGGAUCUGGGAUUUACAUGGUUUUGGAACAGAGGUUUGGAGGUCAAAGGAUAACUAUGAGAUCACAUCCCUAACCUUUCACCCAACAGAUCAUGUGCUUGUAUUCUCUGUGACCAAUCACAUUUACUUCUGGGACUGGAGCCAACCAGAACCAUUUGUUGUUUGUAAAACAAACUAUGAAUAUGAAAAAAUCAGGUGGGUUAAAUUUGACCCCCUGGGUCAGUUCCUAUACACAGGUAUUGCCAACAACACCACGGUCAGGCCCCCUUCAAGAGUGUCUUUCAUCAGCGGUAACACUCACCCAAACACGGUCCCAAACACGUCGCGGACCCAGCAGCUGAGCAAUGUGUACGACAGUCUGGUGGAGUGUUUUCAAGCGUCACGGAGAGAUCGGGUCCUCAACCGAACGGAGGCUGGGCAAGAUCCCCAGUCUGUGUCCAACACUCAACAUGGAGCCUCAAAUCACCAACACUCGCCGGUCCAUGAAGAGGGACUCAGUCUGGCUCGCCAGUACGCCUCCCACAUCACUCAAUCUUCACAAAGGUCCAUGCAGGGAAUGUCUCAGCGACCAGAAAUCCCCUCGGGAGCCUCCAACUCUUCCUCCUCCCCAGAUACAGACAUGGAUGGGAUAUCUAGUCCAGCCAAUCCGGUAUUAGCUAUGCAGCCUCCUAGAGGAGCAUCAGCAGACAACGAUGUGAGUGGGGAAUCCCCGCCCAGCAUAGUUAGUGUAGACGGAGAAUCUAGUCAAACUAGAGCUGUCUCCAAUCACCCUCGCAGUGAAAGGGUCCCUGGAACUCUCAUUGUGACCGAGAGGUCUCCCGAACAGACUAGUCCCCCAUUUCAAUCCCUGGACACUUCAUCUGGUGUAAGGAUAGUCUCAGAGGCGCAAUCCGUCCGUGGGAUACUUAAUGAUCAAGUUCAUGCUUCAACAACUGCAUUCGCCAUAGCUCCAGAAGAGGAGCCAGCCGAGGAGGUCAUCAGUCUCAGUGAGUUGACCUCGAGGGGCCUCUCCGAGGAGCACCAUCUCCAUCAUUCCUCAAACACAGACUGUGACCGACUCAACUGCCCGGUCUGUGGGAACUUUGACACAACACACAUCAGGCGAGUUUGUGAGUCUGAGAUGUUCACACAACUGCGAGCCAGGCGUAGGAGUUUACAGAACUCAAUGAACAAUGUAUCGGCCAGAAGUGCUUUCUCACGUCCGUACACCUACAACAGACAUGGUUCACUGGUGAGGCCAGAAAUACACUCAAUACAAGACCCUAGUCAGUUAGGAGAGAUGCAUGAAAUUAGGCGAGUAGAAAAUCCCAAUGCAGGGGCAUCAAACAUGGACCAUGUCUCUUCUAACAACAGUGCACCCAGUAACACGGAGGGUGACGCCCGUCUCACACAGGUCGGGGAUAAUAUAGACAUCUGUGCCAGCAUUCACGAAAACUUUGCCACUAUCACAGCUCGCAUCGAACGAGAGAUGAACGAGUUGGAUAGGAGAAUAAACAACUUGAGGAAUACGUUUAAUGAGAGUUUACGGAGGUUACAACACCAUCGAGUAUCUUUCUUGUCAGCGCGGGAAGGAGAUGUAAAUGGACGUCGACCGUCAUUUAUCGUUGCAAGACAUACUCAGCAAGCUGAGGGGGCCUCAUCCAGCCGACCAGAAGACAGUACACAUUCCUUAGACAGAGGACAGCACCUGUUGGAGACAGCGCUGCGAUCCUCCAGACCAGAUAGAACUGGUUCUCACUCUCACAGUGUUCCCCGAGAACUGGACUCGUCCCACGCCUGGCAGUCCCUGGAGAGGCACCACCUUCACCCCCACUACUCCGUCAGUAUCCUAGACAACACAAUUAACCGGCCCAAUGACCCGAUUCAGACGGCCAUCAACAGAGCAAUAGCAGAUGCAUUUAUGGGACGUGGUGAACCGGCUGUGGCAACCAACAUAAUCAACCACACCUACCGCAUCCAGGCCUGGGACUUCUCGCGGUGCAAUAUACCCGACCUCACGGACACAAAAUCCAACAUAGUCGUGCAGCACUGUAAGCUUCACAACGACGCCAGCUGUAACUUGUCGCAGGACGGCACUAUGCUGGCCACCUUCGUCCCGAGUCAUCGGGGAUUCCCUGAUGACAACAUCAUGGCAGUUUACUCGCUCGAGCCAAAGACUCGAGGACAGUGUCUCUUCACCAAAAGUUUUGGUCCUAAUGCAAUAUCAGUCAGCCUGUCCCCAGGGAGCGGGUAUGUGAUGGUGGGGCUGGCCGCCAAACAGCUCUCCUGGGUGUUCACCCCCAACCAGCUUGUUGCUCAAAUUCUAAAGUUAGAUAAUAAAUAUGCUGGAGAAAAGUCUAUGCAGCACAUUACGGAUGUGAUGCACCCCUGUGAUAUGGACAUUCGGACUCACGUCAGCGUAAACUCGGCAAGAUGGAUGCCUGGAUCAGGGGAGGGAAUCGUGUAUGGAACAAAUCGAGGAGAUCUACAUGUCUGUAGACCAGGAACAAAAAAGUCUGUUGCGGGAGAUAACUCUGAUGAUAGAUCCAUCAGGCGAAACUUGAUGCACAUGCUCAGAAUGUCAGGUGAACAGGAUGUGCCGCGUAUAAACACCUCCACCCAGACACCUGGUGUUAGGCGGAGUGCGUCCACCCAGACGGACACGGAUGACAGCAUGUAACAACUCCACAAACAUGUCAUAGACAAUUGUGAAAAAUGUGUAAUAAAAAUAUCCAUUUUUUAAAGAUAUUAUUUUAUUUCAUCAAGUAUCCUCAUUGCAUAUUGCAUUGCAAGUCAUUUAUCAAUUCUUUGAGAUCUACAUUAUAGAUUAAUUGCGAAAUAUAGCUUGCUCUAUAUGUUUUAAGAACAUCUAAUUUAAGAAAUGCUGGUGAGGAUGUCCUAUGUCAGAUGCUCUGAACUCAAUCCAUUCAUUAUUUCUCCAUCUGCAUUUCUCUGGUUUGUGAGAAGAGAAUUUUUUUUUUCGUUUUUGGUUUUUUUUAUUUAAUUUUUUUUUGAAUGAGGUAGACUUCCAUUGCAAAAUCCCUUAAAUCAUGUUUUAUUGAAAAGUGCUGAUUUUGUGAUAUUUCUUGGUAUUGAACAUGUUUAAUUUGGAUUUAAAUCACAGUCACAGAUUUAUCUUUGAAUGAAAUUAUACUUAUAUUCAUACAUACUUCAAUGUAUUAAGUUUACGUGCUUGCAGGGCAAGCUAAACAUUUAAUAGAAUAGAUUUGUUCUUUGUCAAGCAAUGAAUCUUUUUUUUUUUUACAUGUACAAGUACUUGUUGUAAUACAAUUAUGUAUUAAAAAUUGCCAAUUUUUUAAAUGUCAUUCUUAAUGCUUUGUGUAUUGUUUUGUUAUGGGUUUAUUUAUAAAAUCAAAUAAAUAUCGGUGCAUUACAAC